AUGAGCGCACGCGGCGAAGGCGCCGGGCAGCCGUCCACUUCAGCCCAGGGACAACCUGCCGCCCCGGCGCCUCAGAAGAGGGGACGCGGCCGACCCAGGAAGCAGCAGCAAGAGCCAACCGGUGAGCCCUCUCCUAAGAGACCCAGGGGAAGACCUAAAGGCAGCAAAAACAAGAGUCCUUCUAAAGCAGCUCAAAAGAAAGCAGAAGCCACUGGAGAAAAACGGCCAAGAGGCAGACCUAGGAAAUGGCCACAACAAGUUGUUCAGAAGAAGCCUGCUCAGGACAAUGUUGCCUUGCCUGGGAACGACCAUCCAGGCAAUGUUUUAUGGCUACUAUUCUUUAAAAAUGCUGUUUGGAAGAGAAUUGCAGCUUCUGAACACACGUUAGGAUCCAAGGAAAGUGAGGAGACCGAAGAGACAUCCUCACAAGAGUCUGCAGAAGAGGAUUAG